AUGGUGGAGAAGGCUGAAAAGAGUGUAAAGGUUGCCUUUAGAGCAGUUGUGUGUGUAGAAAGUGAAAUGGGUGAUGUAACUAUAGGACCUAGGACAGUGAUCCACUCUAAAGCACAAAUUAUUGCAGAAGCCAGGCCAAUAGUUAUCGGUGAGGGUUACCUAAUAGAAGAACAGGUAGUGCUUAUCAUAAAUGCUCAACCUGAUAAUAUCACCCCUAAUGCUGAAGAUCUGGAACUAAAAUCUAUGAUCAUUGGCACUAAUAAUGUGUUUGAAAUUGGCUGUUAUUCCCAAGCCAUGAAAAUGGAAGAUAAUAAUGUUAUUGAAUCAAAAGCCAGUGUGGGCAGAAAGGUAAUAUUGAGAAGUGGUUGCAUCAUUGGGACUUGUUGCAACCUGAAUACAUUUGAGGUCAUCCUUGAGAAUACAGUGAUCUGUGGUGCAGAUUGCCUUCAUGGGGUGCAGACUGAGCAACCACAGCCCCAGAUACCACAGCUGGAUUUCCUGAAGAUAACCUUGCCAACCUACCACGACCUAAAGAAGACUAUGAAAGGAAGGUCAACACCAGUAAUGUGUGAGGACAACAUUUCUGCAGAUCAAAUAUCUAGGAAUGGCUCAGCUGGCAGUUCUGGCUCAGUGUGCCUCAUGAGGUUUCUUUCAAGAAGUCAGUCAGACCGGUGGUCAUCUGAGGACUUAAGUGGGGCUGGAUGGUCCACGUACAACAUGACUGCCUCACAGGGCUGUUGGCAGGAGGCCUCAGUUCCGUACCAGAACCAAAUACUGAUGAAAGCAGGGGAUCUGACUAUUGUGCUCUCAGCUGUACCCCCAAACCCUGAAAGACCUAUAGUAAAUGAUCAUCCAUAA